AUGGAAAAAUUGGCCCCAGUUUUCACGCCCACGGAGGAGGCCUUUUCGGACCCCCUGGCCUAUAUAAGCAGCCUGAGGGAAGCGGCGGAGCCCUGCGGGAUCUGCCGCAUCGUGCCGCCCGCUGGCUGGAAGCCCCCUUUCUGCCUGGACCCUGAGAAGGUGAAAUUCCGGACGAGGGCGCAGGUGGUGAAUCACCUGGGCGGCAGGCGCGGCGACACGCGGGAGGAGCAGAUCUUCUGGGCGGAUUUUGGGAGGUUCAAUCAGGGGAUGGGGAGGCCGCUGCCAAGAAACCCAAUUCUGGGUGGUAGGGAGGUGGACCUGUGCCGGCUGUGCAAGGCGGUGUGCGUGCGCGGUGGCUACGACAGGGUGACCGCGGACAGGCAGUGGAGGGACGUCGCGAGGGCGAUUCAGGUGCACCUGAUGAAUGGGAACACCUGCUACAGCCUGCGCACGCUGUACCAGAAGCACCUGGUCGACUUCGAGCGCCACCUGGUGUCCGAAGGGGGCGCAAGCUCCAGCUCAUCGCCCAGCCCGCCUCGGGUGGCCCACCGUCCCGAGGGCUCAAUGGAUGAAUUGUGCCGGGCGGCAGUUCAGGCGGCAGCGCAGGCGGGCAUUCGAUUGCCUGAGCGGGAGGCGGAGGGGCGGGGAUCGAGAGCCCUCGAGAGGGAUCGCCGUGGCCGUUUCAAGCGGCCGGGGUUGGCCAGUGGCGGGGAAGCGGGUGGUGAAAUUGGGGCUAGGGGGGGGAAGAGGGGUCGCCGGGGUCGAAUCAGGGGUCCACGCGUGGCGAGCGGCGAGUGCGACGGCGACAUCGAGGCCGUGGAGGCGCUGCUGGUGCUCGGGGCCGCGGCGGAAGGGCUGCCGAGGGCCAAGAGGGCGAAGGCCGGCGGGAGGCCCAAGGGGCAGGUGAAGGGGGGGCCAGAUUCUCCCCGAGAGGACAUACGCGUUCCGGACAACAUCCAGACGCUCAUGUGUGAGCUCUGCAACGGCGGCCAGCGCGAGAACGCCAUCGUGCUGUGCGACCAGUGCGACCGCGGCUACCACCUCUUCUGCCUGAACCCUCCCCUGGACGCUGUGCCCGAGGGCGACUGGUUCUGCCCGCGGUGCCUGGCGCAGAGGGCGCGCGGCGGGGGGGUCCGGAACGGGCCCGAGCUGACGAUGGCGGAGUUCUGCGAGAUGGCCAGGGCGUUCGAGCGGAACUACUGGGGCAGUCAUGAGGCCGCGCGGAGGGUAAGGCUUGUCGGAAAGAGAGAAAGAAACAAGGCGACGCCUCAGAAGAUCGAGGACGAGUUUUGGACGGUGGUUGAGAAGGGCAAGGAGCUGGUGGAGGUGAUCAAUGGCGCAGACAUCGACACGAAGGCCAACGGGAGUGGCUUCCCCCGAGACGACAGCAACCAUGGCAGCCAUCCAUGGAACCUGAACAACUUGUCCAAAAACCCGAACAACCUGCUGAAGCACAUCUCCCGUGACGUACCUGGGGUCGUGGUGCCUUGGGUGUAUGUGGGUAUGCAGUUUAGCUCUUUCUGCUGGCAUGCGGAGGACCACAUGUUCUACAGCAUCAAUUACCUGCAUUGGGGGGCGCCCAAGCGGUGGUAUGCAGUGCCCUCCAAUGCAGCUAGAAAGCUGGAGGAAGCCCUGAAGGCGCACCUGCCCAAGGAGUUUGAUACUUGCCCGGACAUGUUGUUCAAGUUUGUGACGAUGAUGGACCCCAGGGUACUGCGCAAGCAUGGAGUGCCUGUCUACGAGACGACCCAGGAAGAGGGCCAUUUCGUUGUCACAUUUCCGAAUGCCCACCAUGCUGGAUUCAACUUGGGCUUGAACUGUGCCGAGGCCAUAAACUUUGCACCACUGGACUGGUUGCGUUUUGGGAAGGCAUCCUGUGAGCAGUACAGGAGCCUCAGGCAGCGAGGGGUUAUUGGCCAUGAAGAAUUGCUACUGCAAGCUGCAAAUGAGCUGCAGGGGGCAAACGCAUCUCCCCUGCUGCAGUCUGAGAUCAACAGGGUCGUAUCCAGCGAGGCUCUGUUCAGACAUCGCCACUGGGCCCAUGGCUUGCGCAAGUUCGCAAAGAUCGAAUCUGCGGUUGGGCUGAAAAAGGGUGAUAGGGAAGAUGCCUUGUGCUCCAUCUGCCAUCAGUACCUCCACCUGUCUGCAGUUGCUUGUAGCUCAUGCCCUGGGCGGCAUGCCUGCCUCCACCACGUGUCCGAGCUCUGUGGCUGUGACAUCACCAACUACACACUCCUGUAUCGACACUCACUGCUGCAGCUGGAACAGAUCUCUGACUCUGUGCGUCUUGAAAGAGCAGAAGCCCAUGGCUGUGUUUCUAAAGAAACAGAAGAUGAAAUGAGUGUCAAUGUUGAGAUUUUGCCAGCUAUUACGGUGCAGCAAAUGGCCCAAAUACAUGCCAACGGGCCUUUGUUAGCAGCAGACAUGGAGCCCCGGGAUGAUGAGCAGAAGAUCCGUGAUGUGCUGGACAAGGUGUGCAGGGAAGGGGUGGCCAGGGCACAGAAGAUGCGCGAUGUGCUGGACAAGGUGUGCAGGGAAAGAGUGCUGAAGGGAGUGGGCGUGCUGGACGAGUCGAUCAAGGUGGAAGAUGCAGCCUUUGGUGUGGUGGGCCCUGCUUCACAAGCCUGCAGGGAUAUGGCGGCCAGGAAUUCAGCUAUCGAACCACAGAAGCCUGCUCUGCAGGUGUGCAGGGAUACAGCAGCAAGGAAUUGGGCAGAGGAAUCGGAGGACCCGGUUGCUGUGAAGCUCUCUGUGCACCCUGAAGGGGGGAAGGGAAGGAAGCGUAACAGGAAUGGCGAUGCACUCAUGAAUGCUGAUACGAUGGCCACUUUCCGUGAAAGGAAGAUGAUGGCUUCCUUUCAGGGAUUCCUUGAAACGUGGAAGCAGAGGGCCAAAGGGGUGCUCAAGGAUGGCCUCUCUCGCCUUGCAGAGAAUGAUGCCCUCCUUGCCGAGGCAGAGCAGUUCCUGUGGGGGGGUUCUGAAGUGGGGGAUGCACGGGCGCUGCACAAGGAGCUGCUGACUGUCCAGGACUGGGUGGCCACCCUAAAGAGGUGCUCUGGUCCUCGGGUUAGGUUGGAGGAUCUGGAGAAGAUCGUGAACUGGGAGUCGCCCCCUGCACACUUCUCCAACCUUGAGGCACUGCGCUCACUGUGCGAGGCAGCCAGGGCCUGGGUCGCAGAGUGCAAGGAGCAGGGCAGCAGGCCGAUGACAGUUGAGGCCAUUCAGGCCAUGAUAGCCAAAGGCAAGACCCUGAAAGUCCUUCUGCCCAGGCUCUCCAAUUUGGAAUGGCGGCUGAAGAAUGCACUCGAAAUACGGGCGUCUGCUCAGAAGACUCUGGACUUGGGCCCGAUCGGUGAUGCUGUCCAGGACGAGUCCACCUCCCUCAGUGCACUCCAGUCCAGGGCUGUGAAUUACUGCCUGGCAAUACCGGAGUUGGAUGCCAUCAGAGCCAGGAUGGAAACGGUGCAGACAUGGCAAGACAAGGCAGUGGAGAUGAUGGAGAUGGCCACUCCACUACACACAUUGAAGGAGCUUCUGGAAGAGGCAAGACGGGCAAAAAUUCGCAAGCCCCAGGUGGGUCAGCUGAGAGGCCUAAUCAAAAGGGCAGAAGAGUGGGCAGGCUUGGCCACUGCUGCACUGGAGGAUGAGGUCCCCUCCAAGAAGCUUCGUCAUGUGCUGCAGAGUGGAUUGCGCCUUGGCGUGGCAAUGGAGCAGGUGGAGCAAAUCAGGGGUAUGCUGCGCCGUCGCGACUGGGAGGACACCACAAAGUGUGCGCUGACCAAUUACCAAACUGUUGCCUCGCUACGGAAUGUUUUGGCAGAUGCAGCAUCCUUUGAAGCCAAAGACUCUGAAGUCUAUGCUGCCCUUUGCAAGAGGCUUCAGGAAGCAGAGGAGUGGGAUGAGCACUUUGGUGCUGUGUUGAAAACUGUGGAUGACGAAUCUGUGCCUGAGGAUGGCAAACCAUCUCUUGAUGAUCUGGUCGCAAUGAUGAAGGAAGUAUCCAAGCUGAACAUGCGACUGGAGAACAUGCAAAGGAUAGGGGGACUGAUCAAGAAGUGCAAAUCCCUCAAGUCGAGAGCGGCCAGCAUGGCCAUUCGAAUGGGUGCGCCCUUUCCACCACCCCUACAGAGCGCCCUGACAAUCUUCGAAGAAGCUAAGGACCUCAAUGUUCGGAUAACUUUCCCAGCAGGUCUCAUUGCUGGUGUUGAGGAAACUGCAGCUUGGUGUGAAAGGGCUAGGACGCUGAUUGAAAAGUGGCCAACAGAGCCAGUUGGCACUGCUCUCAGGGAGCUGUGUGUUGAGACACAAGGCUUGCUUUUCAAGACUGAUGAGCAGGCCGAGCUGGUUGUGCUGGAUGCCAGGAUCAGAGCACAGGCCUUGAUUGGUGCGUUGUUUGUGGAUGAUGUGUCAGUAGAGGUGCCCCAUGGAUGGGACCAGGACUUGAUGCCACUGGACAUUGAAUAUAUUUCUCCACUCAUGCCCCUCAAGGAGUUGUUCUCAGAUGAGGUUCAAAAGCAGAGUGCCAGGGAGCGUGUUGCAUUACCUGACCGCCCAUCGAUGGAAGCUGGCAAGGCGCUGCUUCGAGUAGCGGAAGAAGUGGGGGUACCGGACAGUACCAGAUCGGAUGUGGCCAAGAUUGUGCAAACUGCAGAAGACGUUGAUGGCCAGAUAAAACAAGUGUUGCAAGCACCCUGCCACCUAGGAGAGGCCCUUGCAGACAAGACAGUGCAGGAGCUUGUUGCAUUGCUUGGCAAGGCACUGCAGUUGCCUUUCUGGCUUGAAGGCAUUGCGGAGCUGGAGGAUCUCAUCAAGCGGCGCAAGGCUUGGGAAGACAGAACGCGGCAGGUUGAUGCCCCACUUCCUUGGAGCACAACUGCGGGGCUGAUCCAGGAACUGCGAAGAGAUGCUUCAUCCGCAGGAAAAGAUGGCGAAAUACCAUGCUCAGAUGUACACAGGCUCGAGGCCUUCAUGGAACAGCUGACCUGCGACCUGGCACCUGCUGGUGCUGGGAAGAUUGGGCCAGCCAUGGAGCACCUUAUCUCCUCCGUCCGCAAUGUUUACUGGAUGGCUGUCAGGGUCAGCCUGACUUGCAUCUACCAUGAUUUUGCUGACACAGGUUGCGAGCGCAAUGGGCACAACACACCCACAUUGUCUGACCAUUGCAUUUGCUUCCAGCCCCGGGGAGAAGAAACUGUCCUGAGCUGCAAUGAAUGUGGUGACUGGUUUCACUCCAAGUGUAUUGGAGUGGCAGAUGGCCAGAACGAGGUGUCAGAGGCAAGAUGGACGUGCCCCUUGUGUCAAGCAAUAAGGGGAAACCUUGAAGGAACGGUUGAGUGCAUCAAGCACUUCCAGAAGACUGCUCGACCGUGCUUGUCGAAACUCGAGGCCUUGAUGCAGCAAGCUGUGGGUCUGAAGCUGCCAGAGGAGGGCCAGCUCGCUGAGACCAUUUUCCUCUUCAACUCUUGGCAGGAUCGUGUACUCAGUCUUCUCGACAACCGCAGCAAGUCAGUGUCGCUGCCAGAGGCAGCACUGCGCAGCAUCCUGAAGGCAGUACUGCAUGUGGAAGUGGAUGCAUCAUGGAUGCUGGACAGAAUCAUCGAGACAGCAAGAUCCGAGAAGUGGCGGAAGAAGGUGGUGGCAGCCCACAAGAAUUCACACAAGCCAACCAUCGACUCCCUGCAAUGCCUACUGGAUGACAGUCGAGCGCUGCAGAUCAACCCUAGCAAAGAUGCCGCUGCAGCCUCGAUUCACGAAUCUGUCAGUCAGGGGUUGCAGUGGAUGGAACGCGCUGGCUACCUGCAAGACAGACUACGUCGGCGCUCCGGGGAGCCGAUCAACGAUGCUAACACCGAGUUGCUGCACCGUGUGAGGGCCCACUUGGCAUCUGUGGAACAUAUGCGCUGCCGUGUGGAUGGUGCUGUGCUGGAUUCGUUGAGGGAGGUGUCCUCGCCGCACUGCACGUGCGAGACAGUGUAUGAUGGCAAGAGAUCUAUGGUUGUUUGCACAGUCUGUGGCAGGUGGUUCCACUGUGAGUGUGUGGGCCUCAAAAGUGCCUUGCUGGGAGAGCGGCCAGGCGAUUUCCGGUGCCCACGCUGCUGUGAAGCAACUGCCCAGCCAUAUCCGCACUCCCUCCCAGUUGACAAUGCCAAGGCUGGGGCUGGUCAGGAAUGCCACCUCGCACCUAACCACACAGGACGCAUCCUUGACGAGAAACCGAAUCAUGGGCUGGCUUCAGGGGAGAGAGACCAGUGCUCUAUUGACACGGCUGGAAUCGCAGCCAAUCUGGAUGAACCUAGAUUUGUGACGGCCCUGACGGCCGCCGACAACGAAAAUCGCCUCGUGGUGAUGCCUGAAUAUGUGAAUGGCCUGGCUCGUCAAUACAGUCAAGGCCCCGUGGGCACUGACCCAGGCCCACCCAGCACCCAGAAUGGAAGCGGGACCCUCGAGCAGGAGCAGUUGCACAAGCAAUCGAACAGGACAACAGCGGUCUCUGGCGCCAAUCAGGGCGGGCCCCUCCCUGCGGGGACCAUCGAUGGGUGCUCUGGCAUGCAAGGGAAUGGGCGUCCGCCAGGAAUAGGCGCGACAGAGAUCGCCCAGCUCAUGGUGGCCCUGAGUGUGCCAUCAGCAGGAGGGCUUGCCAUGAGCGCAGAGGAGCAGCUACGGGUGCUUGGCACAUUGCGGCAGAUGAUCACCAACAAGAUGGAGGAACUGGAGCAGGAGCUCUGCAGCAAUGGCAAGCAAUAA